AUGCAUGACGCUGACAUAAUUCGAGCACGAAGUAUUGAUUUCGCUGUACUCGAUGAAUGCGCAUACUAUGAAGCGAUCUAUGCUGGUAAUGACAGUGUUCCGAAUCGUGCUUUCUAUCAAAUCGACUCUCCAUUUUGGUUGGAUACACAAUUUGUUGCGCUAUCUCGUGCAGACUCUCGUGUAAAUGCAAGAUCAAAGCGUAAACGACCACAAAAAGCAUCUUCGUGUUGUGUUGCUGUGGAGAAGAUUCUCGAAAAAGCAGUUGCGCUGUUUGCAUCUGAGCUGAAAGGAAAUGCUUCAGUUCCGUAUUUUCGUUCCAACGAUUCUUUGAAGUCUAAUAAUUAUGACGCGCGGAAGUUGGCUAUCUCUGCAUCUUCAACUCCUUGUCUUUUAUCUCACUAUGAAGAACAAUAUUUUGUAUCCAAACAUGAUGUCAAAGAAAUAUUCUUGAGUGAAAAAAAUUGCAACAUCACUGACAUUGCAAAUGAAAUCGUGAUGUGGAAGAAUGCCAGUUUAGAUGUUUUAACGAUUGGAUAUAAAGAUCAGAAAUAUAUUCUACCUCCAAUGUCUUCCUUUAUCAUAAAUGAUGUAAGUGCCUCGACAGCAUUAAUUAAACAAAGAAAGCGGUUUGAUUUCAUCUUGUUAGAUCCACCUUGGCCGAAUGGUUCCGUGAAGAGAAAGAAUGUUUACCAUAUGUGUAAAGAACUAACGUCUGUACUUGAAUUAUGUGUGCCAGAGCUCUUACUAGAAUCAGGACUGUUUGCAACAUGGGUUACAAACAAUGAGAAGUUUUUAAAAUUUGUUGAUGACAUGAUUGAACAUUUUGGUCUAGAAAAGAUUGCUACCUGGCGAUGGCUUAAAGUAACGAACAGUUUGGAGCCUAUUUCUGCUUUCAAUAGCCAUCAUAAGCUACCGUUUGAAAAUAUUGUUUUUGCAUGUCAUCCUAGUGCUGUAAGUUACUAUGUGGAAAUAGUUGAUGAGUUUGUAUUAAUCAGCACUCCAUCAGCAAUUCACUCAAGAAAACCGCCUCUGUUUCCCAUACUGCAGGCUCUUGGAUUUAUUAAAAAGUCAGCUGAGCAGUUGGAGCUGUAUGGUAGAUAUUUAUUGCCUCAAACAACUACCAUUGGCUUUGAAUCGUGCAAGUUGCAAAACCGACGGUAUUUUAUCUAA